AUGGACACAACGAACAACGCGAGUACCGAAACAACCGAAGUUCAGGAGGAAACCGGACAUCUCAGAGAUAAUGAGCUUGAUGAUCGCGUCUGGGGCGCUCUCGAGCCCCGCGGCGCUUCUUUGACCCGCGUGGCUUUCUACGAGCGACAACCCAUUUUUUUUAUCGGUCGAAACUCCGAGGACAAUAAUAUGGUCUUAUCUAGCCUCAUAAUUAGCCGCACUCAUUGCAAAUUUGAAUGGGAUGGACGGAGCGAUGAGAAAUCUAUUGUCACGGUGACGGACCUUUUGGCGAAUGGUACUUGGAUCAACCUUCAUAAGGUCGGAAAGGAUAAGACAGCUAUUUUGAGAGAUGGAGACGAGAUUGCAUUUGGGCAGUCCAAAGCUCAGCCCAAUUCGCCGCUGCAUGAUUACCGAUACAUCUAUCGCCAUAGAGCGUCCAAGCGACACAGGAGCGUUGUUGAGUUAUUCUAUCAAUUCGGGAACCAAAUUGGACAGGGCACUUUCGGUACCGUUAUCCAAGGCCUCUCGCGUUCUACGAACAAGUGGUAUGCAAUCAAGGUUCUCAAUGGCAAGGCACUUAGGCGUGCCUACGCUGUUUCUCCGCUUUUGGUUCCAAGGGAGAUCUUUGCCCUCGAGAAACUUCAGCACGAAAAUCUUUGUCAGCUGAAGGAGGUGUUUUUCGAGAGCUCAAGAAUCAGCCUUGUGUACGAGCUUGUGGACGGCGGGAACCUACAGAAUUUGAUUGAUUCUCGCGGGUGCCUGAAAAACCAGCUCGCUUGUUACAUCACGUAUCAGAUUGCCAAUGCUCUAUCGUUUGUCCAUAGUCAGGGCAUCGUACACCGCGACUUAAAGCCCGAAAACAUCCUUCUUACAUCUGCUGACCCGCCCAUUGUCAAAGUCGCAGAUUUUGGACUCGCAAAGGAAAUUCAUGAAGCUUCGAGCCUCCACGUUAGUGGCAGUCUACAAAUAAUAUGCGGAACAGAGGCGUACCUCGCGCCGGAGACCAUCAAAGAGACGAUCACUGAACGAUAUAAUCACCUUGUCGAUUCUUGGAGUGCUGGCGUCAUUGUGUUUGCGAUGCUGACAGGUGGAUUCAUCAGGAAAACGGCUACUUGGAUCCGCAUCGCAGAGAGAAAGAUUCGCUGGAAGCUCCUCAAGGGGGCAAAAGCAAGCAAUUCCGCUACCAAUUUGAUUCACCGCCUUCUUCAGUAUGAUCCCGCCAGACGCAUGUCUCUUGCCAGAGCCAAGAGUCAUCCCUGGCUUGAAAAGGAGGCGCGUCUCGUGUAA